GCCUUUCAUUCUUCUUCAUUUGAGCGUUUAAACAGCACCAGCACUUUCUUUUCGCAAGCAGCAAUAUGGCCGAGACGCAGGAACUAACCCAAGCUACCGAGAACAUGUCUCUGGAGCAGAACAUCACGCCGUGGGAGGUCGAGGGCGCCGUGGUCGACGGUGUGCAGCAGGCAAUUGACUACGACAAGCUCGUUAAGCAGUUCGGCACGCGCAAGAUCGAUGACGCUCUGCUGGAGCGGUUCGAGACGGCCACGGGGCAGAAGCCGCACCUGUAUCUGCGCCGCGGAAUCUUCUUCUCGCAUCGCGAGCUGGAGAAGAUCCUCGAGCGGUACGAGCAGGGCAAGCCGUUCUACCUGUACACGGGGCGUGGACCGAGCCGCGGGCACAUGCACAUCGGACAUAUGAUGCCGUUCAUUUUCUGCAAAUGGCUGCAGGAUGUGUUUGACUGCCCGCUUGUGGUGCAGCUGACCGACGACGAGAAGUUCCUGUUCAAGAACGACCUGACGCUGGAGCAGGCGAACGAGUAUGCGUUCAACACAGUGCGUGAAAUUGCCGCGAUCGGCUUCAAGCCCGAGAAGACGUUUAUCUUCUCGGACAUUGAGUACAUGGGCGGUGCGUUCUACCGCAACGUCCUGCGCAUCUCGCGCAUGGUCACGUACAGCACGGCCAAGGCGUCGUUCGGAUUCAAGGAGAGCGACCACAUUGGAAAGAUCCACUUCCCUAGCAUUGAGGCGGCGCCGGCCUUCUGCUCGUCAUUCCCCGACAUCUUUGGCGAGCGCAAAGAUGUGCCAUGCCUGAUCCCGUGCGGCAUCGACCAGGACCCGUACUUCCGCCUGACGCGCGACGUGUCCCAGCGGCUGAAGCACAAGAAGCCAUCGCUGAUCCACGCGCGCUUCCUGCCGGCGCUGCAGGGCUCGACCUCCAAGAUGAGCUCGUCGAACGAUGUCUCUGCCAUCUUCAUGAGUGACACCCCGGCGCAGAUCAAGAAGAAGAUCAACCGCUAUGCCUUCUCGGGUGGCCGCACGUCGCUGGAUGAGCACCGCAUGUACGGCGGCAACCCCGACGUCGACGUGCCGUUCCAGUACCUGACGUACUUUUUGGAUGACGACAAGGAGAUUGAGGACCUGGCCGAGGGUUACCGCAAGGGCGAGAUCACGUCGGGCGAGAUGAAGGCAAGGUGCAUUGCUGUAAUCCAGGAGUUUGUUGGCAAGUUCCAAGAGCGCGAGGCCGCCAUCACCGAUGCCGACGUCAAGAACUUUAUGGACCCGGUGUAUCCGCGCCCGUACACGGCUUUGGCCAAGAAAUAGAGCAUUUUUGGUAUAGAAAAAGACCAGUCUAAGAUGGCCACCG